CCCAUCCGAGCGUCUGCAGGUACCUCUCUUCUGUCAGAAACACAGGGAGAGGUGGUUGGAGGAGCAGCGACGGAGGAGCAGUAAGUCCCACCUGUAUGCGUAAAACAACCUAACCGUGUAUUUUUACGCAGAUUGUCGCUGUGAAGUGUAAACAGGCUUUGCUGGCCUGACAGAGACCAGACAUGGAUGUGAAGGACGAGGGGAAAAAGCUGCCCGUUGCCAAGCACGAACCAAAUGGGGAUAUGAGUGAGCGCAAGAAGGAUGGCGAAGAGAAGAAGAAGAAGAAGAAAGAAAAAGAGCCUAAGCUGCCCAUGGUCGGCCCCAUUGCUCUGUUCAGAUUUGCGGACAGCAUGGACCUUUUGAUGGUCUUUUUGGGGACAGUGAUGGCCAUGGCCAAUGGGGUCGUGCUUCCUCUCAUGUGCAUCGUGUUUGGGGACAUGACGGACAGCUUGGUCAAUUUUGACUACCCUGAAAACAUCACCAGCCACCCCAAUUUCACCUACGUACCGAGAAACAACACCCUACAGGAGGACAUGAAUAAAUAUGCCAUCUACUACUCCAUCAUGGGAGCUGUGGUGCUGGUGGCAGCUUACUUGCAGGUUUCCCUGUGGACCAUAGCAGCGGGACGGCAGGUCAAACGCAUCCGCAAGUUGUUUUUCCACCGCAUCAUGCAGCAGGACAUCGGCUGGUUCGAUGUCAACGAGACAGGAGAGCUCAACACGCGUCUCAUAGAUGAUGUCUACAAGAUCCAAGAGGGUAUCGGUGACAAGGCGGGGAUGCUGAUCCAGGCCUACACCACCUUCUUGGCGUCCUUCGUCAUUGGCUUCACCAAAGGCUGGAAGCUCACUCUUGUCAUCCUGGCUGUGAGCCCUGCACUGGGCGUUUCCGCCGCACUUUUCAGCAAGGUGCUGACGAGCUUCACCAGUAAAGAGCAGACGGCAUACGCCAAAGCAGGAGCUGUCGCAGAAGAGGUGCUCUCUGCCAUCAGGACUGUGUUUGCUUUCAGUGGUCAGGACAGAGAGAUCAAGAGAUAUCAGAAGAACUUGGAAGAUGCUAAGAAGAUGGGAAUUAAGAAGGCGAUCUCUGCGAACAUUUCCAUGGGUUUCACCUUCUUGAUGAUCUACCUGUCCUAUGCCCUGGCCUUCUGGUACGGCAGUACACUCAUCCUGAGUAUGGAGUACACCAUUGGGAAUGUGCUCACCGUUUUCUUUGUUGUGCUUAUCGGAGCGUUCACGAUGGGACAGUCCUCUGCCAACAUCCAGACUUUUUCCAGUGCCCGGGGAGCUGCACACAAAGUGUACAGCAUCAUUGAUCAUAAUCCGAGCAUUGACAGCUUUUCGGAGGGCGGCUUCAAGCCCGACUCCAUCAGAGGAAACGUGGAGUUCAGGAACAUUCACUUCAGUUACCCCUCGAGACCGGAAGCAAAAAUAUUAAACAACAUGUCUCUGAGCGUGAAGAGUGGACAGACCAUAGCCUUAGUGGGAAGCAGUGGCUGCGGUAAAAGCACCACGAUCCAGCUGCUGCAGCGGUUCUACGAUCCCCUGGAAGGAUCCGUGUGUGUUGAUGGUCACGACAUCCGAUCUCUCAACGUCCGCUACCUGAGGGAGAUGAUCGGCGUGGUGAGCCAGGAGCCCAUCCUCUUUGCCACCACCAUCGCAGAGAACAUCCGAUACGGCCGCCUCGACGUGACGCAGCAGCAGAUCGAACAGGCUGCCAAGGAGGCCAACGCUUACGACUUCAUUAUGAACCUUCCCAAUAAGUUUGAGACGCAGGUCGGAGACCGGGGGACUCAGAUGAGUGGGGGACAGAAGCAGAGGAUUGCGAUCGCUCGAGCUCUAGCCCGCAACCCCAAAAUCCUUCUGCUGGACGAGGCCACGUCUGCUCUCGAUGCUGAGAGCGAGACCAUUGUGCAGGCGGCACUCGACAAGGUCCGACUGGGUCGCACCACCAUAGUCGUGGCUCAUCGCCUCUCAACCAUCAGAAACGUGGACGUCAUCGCUGGUUUUCAGAAGGGUGAAAUCGCAGAGGUGGGGACACACAGCCAGCUGAUGGAAAAACACGGAAUCUACCAUACGCUGGUCACCACGCAGACGUUUCAGAAAGCCGAGGCGGGGGAGGAGGCGCAGUGUGAGCCGUCUGCAGAAGAGAAGAGCCCGUUGGUCAAAUCCCUCAGUGAGUCCACGCCAUACAGGAGGAAGUCCAUGAGAGGCUCCUCCGUCUCUGCCUCAGAGAGAGGGAAAGAGGAGAAAGGGAAGUCUGAUAAUGACAAGGACGAGACCGAGGAGGAUGAAGACGUGCCCCCUGUGUCCUUCCUGAAAGUGUUGCGUCUCAACCUCCCCGAGUGGCCGUACAUUGUGGUGGGGACCAUCUGUGCCGUCAUCAACGGCGCGAUGCAGCCAGCGUUCGCCAUCAUCUUCUCCAAGAUCAUCACUGUGUUCGCAGAGCCAGAUCAAGAGAUUGUCAGGCAAAGAUCCACUCUAUUUUCCCUCUUGUUUGCUGCUAUCGGAGGUGUAUCAUUUGUCACCAUGUUCCUACAGGGUUUCUGUUUUGGCAAAUCUGGAGAGAUUCUGACCCUCAAACUGAGACUUGGGGCCUUCAAGGCCAUGAUGAGACAGGACCUUGGCUGGUAUGACAACAGCAAAAACAGUGUUGGAGCGCUCACCACGAGACUGGCCACAGACGCUGCCCAAGUACAAGGGGCCACAGGAGUACGCAUGGCCACGCUGGCACAGAACGUUGCCAACUUGGGCACCAGUCUGAUCAUCUCCUUCAUAUAUGGCUGGGAGCUGACGUUGCUCAUCCUGGCUGUUGUGCCCGCCAUGGCAUUGGCUGGAGCCGUGGAGAUGAAGAUGCUCACUGGACACGCUGCCGAGGACAAGAAGGAGCUGGAGAAGGCUGGAAAGAUUGCUACAGAGGCUAUCGAGAAUAUCCGUACUGUCGCUUCUCUUGCCAGAGAACCAAAGUUUGAGUCUUUGUAUCAGGAAAACCUCAAAGUACCAUAUAAGAACUCUCUGAAAAAGGCCCAUGUGUACGGCAUCACCUUCUCCUUCUCCCAGGCCAUGAUCUACUUUGCUUACGCCGCCUGUUUCCGAUUUGGAGCUUGGCUUAUUGAGACAGGAAGGAUGGACGUUGAGGCCGUAUUCCUUGUGAUCUCGGCUGUUCUGUACGGCGCCAUGGCAAUAGGAGAGGCCAAUUCCUUCGCCCCCAACUACGCUAAGGCCAAAAUAUCAGCCUCACACCUCAUGAUGCUGAUGGACAGAGAGCCCGACAUCGACAAUCUUUCACAGGAAGGAACAACACCGGACAAGUUCUAUGGCAACGUGCACUUUGAGCGUGUCAAGUUUAACUACCCUUCGCGGUCUGACGUGCCCGUACUCCAAGGGCUGGAUCUGAAUGUGAAGAAGGGAGAGACGCUGGCCCUGGUGGGGAGCAGCGGCUGUGGAAAGAGCACCAUCAUCCAGCUGCUGGAGAGGUUCUAUGACCCCGCCGAAGGGAGAGUGGUGCUGGACAGUGUAAAUGUAAAAGACCUGAAUAUCCACUGGUUGAGAUCCCACAUAGGCAUCGUAUCCCAGGAGCCCCUGCUGUUCGACUGCACUUUAGCCGAAAACAUCGCCUACGGAGACAACACCCGCACUGUAACCCUGAAGGAGAUUGAGGCAGCUGCCAAGGCGGCCAACAUUCACAACUUCAUACAGGAGCUGCCACAGAAGUACGACACUCAGGCAGGUGACAAGGGAACGCAGCUGUCGGGCGGACAGAAGCAGCGAAUAGCCAUAGCCCGGGCCAUCCUACGCAACCCAACGGUGUUGCUGCUGGACGAGGCCACGUCGGCACUCGACACUGAGAGCGAAAAGGUGGUGCAGGAGGCGCUGGACCAGGCCAGCAAGGGCCGGACGUGCAUCGUGGUGGCCCACCGGCUGUCCACCAUCCAAAACGCCGACCGCAUCGCCGUCCUGCAGGGAGGAGUCGUGGUCGAACAGGGGACACAUCAACAGCUGCUGGCCAAGAAGGGAGUCUACUACAUGCUGGUCACUACACAGUUGGGCCACGGGAGGGAAUGAGAGAGGACAGGGAGAGCACACAGGGAACAAUUCCACACAGACUAUUUUUUAAUCAACAAGACCUUUCAGCCAGAAGACCCAACAUCUGCACUACUGUUCAUUCGUUUUCGACUUUAUGAUUAUUUUAUACAGAAAAGUGUUUUUUUUUGAAUUCCAUUUAGCCGCAUCAGUUUCAGGGUGCUGGUGUUGUUCAGGCAGUCUCACUCUCACUGAGACACUUUACCGGUGACACGUUUCCCUGUGAUGACAAGUUGAAAUGUGUGCUUUGAAAAAGGCCUUCUGCCUUGAACUCCUGUUUUCUUUAUUCUUGUUUGUCGUAAACUGGGACUCGUUGAUGGCCUCGUCCCUUUAUGUCCACUGGACAUCAACAAACAACAGUUUUUUUUCGUGCCACCUACUGUGACCAAAAAUACCUAAUACCAAAUAUGUAGUGAUUACAGCCAACAACUCACUGGAUUUGUGAAGCACUGAUAUUUAUGAUCAACCUGUGUUCUACAGUUAAUGUAUUUGAGAAAAUGAUUUGUAUUUAAAUACGUAAUUGUGUAGUUUAUGAAUGUUCUACAGUCUUGUUACUUAUGGAGCAGAAGUGCCUGAGCUGUCAAAGCAUUGAAAAUGUUUCAUUCACAGCCCUGAGCAAUUUGUAUGAAUCUUCAUCCACACACUUUUUAUUUCUUAUUCUUUUUAAUUCUUAUUUUGUAUGUACAAAAUGCAUAUAAUUACUUAGAAUCUUUUUGGAGGAUAUGCUUAUAUAUUAAAGUUUAAUACGCAAAUAUUGAA